GCCGGCUCACGGCCACCACGUCCUACAUCUUAUAGCUCCCUAGAAACGUUCAUAUAUACGUACACUUUCCCAUAUAUCUGUAGUAUACUUUUCUACAUGGUGUGAAAUACGUGAAAACAAUAAGAUUUUGUGGCAAAAUAUUGUUUCGUAUUCGUUUGGAACUCGAAGUGUGAAUUUUAUUUUCUUGUGAAACUGACGAAGUCCCAAGCGCGCGUUUGGUUUUAAUCGUCAGGAAAUAGUGUGGAAAUUUUUCUGCUGAUGAUAUCUCAGUUUAUAACAAUCAACGGAGUUUUUGAAAACUACGACGCACACGAGCAUCUAAUUUUUCAGUCUAAUAACUCACUUAAUAACGUACUUCGUACUUGGUUGAACUGUCAAUUGGCCUUCUUUUUCACUCCAUAAGAAUGUCUACGGUGCGCGGAGUUCGUGGUGCCAACAACACGUGGCGCAAGGCUGACGACAUCGGCAACGAACCCGGCUUACAACUCACAAAACAUUUACUCGACAACUCCAUCAUCACAGUCCCCGCAAUACUUCAGUACUCGGGCGAUAAAAAUGGCGACCAGCCUUGCAUGGGCACCAGGACCAUAAUUCUCAGACAUAUCGAAGAAUCCAAAGGCAAGAAGCUGGAGAAAUUAGAGCUCGGUGACUACGUAUGGAAGUCCUACAAAGAUGUUUAUGAGGACAUGUUAGUGUUGUCUAAAGGUGUCUUGAGUUUGGGUUUGAAACCUAAAUCUAAAAUUGCGAUGUUCGCGGAGACGCGAGCCGAGUGGUAUGUGUUUUCAGUGGCAUGUAUGAACGCCGGAAUGACUAUCGUAACGCUUUACACGAACCUCAACGACGACGGAGUUGCACACGGCAUCUUGGAGACAGAAGUUGACACUAUCGUCACGAGUGUCGAGCUCAUGCACAGACUUGCCAAGAUCCUGCCAGGGAAUGAUCAGGUAAAGCGCGUGAUCGUGUUAGAGGAUCAGCUGGAUGGCAUCGGCGAUGCUAAAGCCACUCUACCGUCCAUGGAAGUUUUGUCUUACGGAGAAGUGCGUAAGAUGGGACGUGACGCCGACGUACAGAACAUCGAGGGCCCGGGUCCUGAUGAUGUGGCCAUCAUUAUGUACACGAGUGGGUCCACAGGCAAUCCAAAAGGCGUGUUGUUGUCUCACCGCAACAUUUUCUCAGCCAUCACGGCCUACGUUGUGCAGGCGCACUUGAGCCCCGGCGACUGUUACUUGGCUUAUCUUCCUCUCGCGCACGUCUUGGAGCUCGCCACAGAAACAGCUAUCAUUGCCAUGGGCGUGAGCAUUGCUUAUAGCUCUCCCCUCACUCUCACUAAUACUAGCCCUAAAAUUAUGAAGGGAACCGUAGGCGAUGCAAGAAUGGCGCGACCGACAGCAAUGUGCGCCGUGCCUCUCAUCCUUGAUCGCAUUAUUAAAGGAGUCUUAACCAACGUCGAGCGACAAGGCAAAUUUGCAUCGAAACUUUUCUCGGCGUCACUGCAGUACAAGCAAGCAAUUAAUGGAAACGGUGGCGUUUUAAGCAGGUUUUUAGACACUAUGAUCUUUAACAAAGUGAAGGCAGAAUUGGGCGGCCGUUUACGCAUGAUGGUUGUGGGAGGUGCUCCGAUCUCCAAUAGAACGCAACUCAUCAUCAAGGCGAUGUUUGGGUGUACAUUACAAGCUGCGUACGGCGCAACCGAGACUUCAGCUUGCGCUACCAGCAUGGACGCGGACGAUCACACUCUUGGCCACUGCGGACCACCAAAUCCACGCACCAUCGUUAAACUCGAUGACUGGGAGGAGGGCGGGUAUCGGGUUGCGGACGAACCCCUGCCGCGGGGGGAGGUCGUCGUCGGGGGAGACUGCGUUGCGUUAGGAUACUUUAAAUUACCCGAAGAAACCAAGCAAUCGUUUUAUGAAGAGGAUGGUGUACGGUGGUUCCGUACGGGAGAUAUCGGAGAGAUGGAUGAGAAUGGGUGUCUAAGAAUCAUCGACCGCAUGAAGGACCUCGUAAAGCUACAGAGCGGGGAGUACGUUUCCCUGGGGAACGUUGAAGCUGUUCUCAAAACGCACGCGGUUGUUGACAACAUAUGCGUUUUCUGCGAUAGCAACCAAAACAACACCGUGGCAGUGGUGGUUCCGGCUGCCGAAACCCUGAAGAAAAUAGCCGCUGGACUAUCCAAGAACGAAUCUGAUAAUCUGAGCGAUCUGUGUAACGACGCGGACGUCGUUAAAGCCGUGCUGAAGACGCUUCAGAGUCACGGCCGCAGCCAAAAGCUCAAUCGUGCCGAGAUUCCCACUGCAUUGUUCCUGACUUCUGAGCCGUGGACGCCCGAUAAUGGCUUAGUUACUGCUGCUUUGAAGUUGAGGAGAAAGCCUAUAGUCAAACAUUUCUCGCAACAAAUAGCCGCCAUGUACGCCUCUUCCUAAAUGCACUGUGAUGGCUUACGUCAAGUGUCUUGCCAGGAUGUUGGAGGGCAUUCGAGCUCAUCUUUUUAUUGCUCUUUGUUGUGAAGAUAGAGACGAUCAUCGUAAAGGAGAGCGCGAGCGUUGCCUGAAUGUGUCAAAGUUUCAAGUGCUGAAAUCUUCAGAAAAAUUUACCCAGAUGGGCACUCUUUAUCCUAAAUAUUGUUAUCCAAUGUGAUGUGAAUUAAUACAAAAUUGCAUAGUAAAUUACACGGAUUUUAUAAUAAAUUUCUGUUAUUAAUAGGCCUAAUCAAAUGAUAAAUGUAUUCUAUUAUAUGAAGGCAUUAAUUUAACGUACUCUUUCUUUAACGCUUUACUAGAAUAAAUGUUGAUUCAGGGUGCACUUAGACGUAAUUACAUUGACUAUGUGAGGAAAAACAGGGAAGAUUACUGCCCUGUUCUCCACGACUGUGAUUAGAAAAUUCGUUUGUUGCUUGAGUUAUAGCACGCGUAGGAUGUUGAGAAAGCUUCAUUGCUAAAUUGUAAUUAAAAGAUGUUUUAGUAAGGAAUAAAUGGUUUCUUAUAAUCUAGGUGUUGUUCUUCACUGUGAAAUAAAAUUAUUUAGAAAACUAUAUAAAUUUCACUACUGGUUAUGAUUAGGUCGAAAGUGAAACUAAACUAUUGGCGACUUCGAAAAUACGGAUUUUUUGUUUGCGGAGUCAGAUUUGAGAUAAGAGAUUUUAUCCACUGAUCCAAAUUAGAAUGAAGGUUUUCAUAAUUUUUUUUGGAACUGCAACCUUCCACAUGGUGAAGUGACCGUUUGUAUAAAAACAAUUUCGUUAUUCAAUAAUCGCGCGGCUUAGUUUAUAUUUUGCGCUUAUUUCUUGUUAAUAUUGUUGUUCUAUGGAGUAUAGUUAGUCGUAUUGCUUAACGGAAGUCCUUGUAAGUUUGUACAGAUUUUUGUUUGUAAAUAAAGUUUCCCGGUUCGAUGUUUCUGGCAA